UGACCACGCGUGGCGGCCGGCUGAGCGGCGUGUGCCUGGUCUGAGCAGUGUCUCUGCUGUCCCCUGGAGCCGAUCCCAGAGCGCAGGUCGGGGCCGAGGUCUCCUUCCGGCACUGCGGCUGGCGGUGGCGCCCCCACUGUACAUUUGGGCCGAAAGUUAAUUCAGAUUCUGGCCCAGCCCAGAGCUGUCCGAUAGAGAUAGGAUACAAGCCACCUAAUGGCUGUACGAAAACAACUGAAAGAAGGGAAAUCGGGUUUAUUGCUGCGUCCUGUUUAACUCGUGACGUGCACUUACAUCCCAGCGCGCAUUUGCUCGUUGCGCGGUUCUUGGAAACCCGCCUGCAGCACAUCUCAGUGGGGCUCGUGGCUGCUGCUGGAAAGUGGGGUCGGGUGGUGGUAGCUCUGCUCUCCUGGAGCUUACGUUCAAGUCAAAGGAGGCAGACAAUAAACUUAAAAUGUAUCGAUGGUUAGAAGGUAAAUGCGUGGGAAACAAACAUUGGAGAAGCAGACUUCUGAGAGGGUGGCAGUUGGAGCAGGUGAGUUUGAGUGAGGAGCCAGUGAGCCGUGGGUAGGAUGUGGGAAAAGAGCGGGCCUCCUGGUGGGGGUACAUAAGGACAGGACCCGCGGGGCGGAUCUCAUAGGCCAUUGUAAGGACUUGAGGUUUUAUUCAGGGAAAUGGGGAACCUUUGGAGAGUUUUAAGCAGAGGAGUGACUGAUUUAUGUUGUUUUAUUUUUAUUUAAUAAUAGGCUUAGGGCCGGCCCGUGGCUUAGCGGUUAAGUGCCCGCGUUCCGCUGCUGGCGGCCCGGUUCGGAUCUCGGGCGCGCACCGAUGCACCGCUUCUCCAGCCAUGCUGAGGCCACGUCCCACAUACAGCAACUAGAAGGAUGUGCAGCUAUGACAUACAACUAUCUACUGGGGCUUUGGGGAAAAAAUAAAUAUAAAUAAAAUUAUAAAAAAAAAAUAAUAGGCUUAUUUUAUGUAAUAAUAAGGCUGGCCUCAUGCCCUGAGAUGGGGCAGGUGCUGGGGGAGCUGGAUAGGGGCAGGUGAGGAAUUCCAUUUGGGCCGUGUGGGAUUUGAGAGCUUGGUAGUUGCCCAGGUGGAGGUGUGGAGCAGGCAGUGGACGCCUGAGACAGGUUUAGAGAAUUCCGGGUGGGAGAGAUGUUUCCUAGCUGUCCUUGUCUCCCUUUUUGGAUGAGGGUUACAGAGCGAGACGCUGGUAUCCAGCACAGUCAAUUUCCAGCUGCUGUUUGGACUCAUGUCUAGUGUGGGCUGCAGCUCUUCCCUCCUGGCCCGUGCCUUGUGGGUGCAGUGGAGAUGCACUGGGAAAGCUGCUGCCGUCGGGGUGCAUGGGGGUUGCAGGAAUGCGUUUGUGUUCUUACAGUGACCACCACCUCCUCGGCCUGGGCACAGCCGUCUGGACACAUCGAGCCUGGCCAUGUUUUCUGAGCAGGCUGCCCAGAGGGCCCACACUCUGCUGUCCCCACCAACAGCCAACAACGCCACCUUUGCCCGGGUGCCAGUGGUGACUUACACCAACUCCUCGCAGCCCUUCCGGCUGGGGGAGCGCAGCUUUAGCCGGCAGUAUGCCCACAUAUAUGCCACCCGCCUCAUUCAAAUGCGGCCCUUCCUGGUGAGCCGGGCCCAGCAGCGCUGGGGCAGUGGAGUCCAAAUAAAGAAGCUGUGUGAGCUGCAGCCUGGGGAGAAAUGCUGUGUGGUGGGCACCCUCUUCAAGGCCAUGCCGCUCCAGCCCUCCAUCCUGCGGGAAGUCAGCGAGGAGCACAACCUGCUCCCCCAGCCUCCUCGGAGCAAAUACAUCCACCCAGACGAUGAGCUGGUCUUGGAAGAUGAAUUGCAGCGUAUCAGACUGGAAGGCACCAUCGACGUGUCAAAGCUGGUCACAGGGACGGUCCUAGCUGUACUUGGCUCUGUGAGAGACGAUGGGAAGUUCCAGGUGGAGGACCAUUGCUUUGCAGAGCUUGCUCCUCAGAAGCCCGCACCCCUCCUUGACACAGACAGGUUUGUGCUGCUGGUGUCCGGUCUGGGCCUGGGUGGAGGUGGGGGCGAGAGCCUGCUGGGCACCCAGCUGCUGGUGGAUGUGGUGACGGGGCAGCUUGGGGAUGAAGGGGAGCAGUGCAGCGCCGCCCACGUCUCCCGGGUCAUCCUCGCUGGGAACCUCCUCAGCCACAACACCCAGAGCAGAGAUUCCAUCAACAAGGCCAAGUACCUAACCAAGAAAACCCAGGCAGCCAGUGUGGAAGCCGUCAAGAUGCUGGAUGAGAUCCUCCUGCAGCUGAGUCAGCCCCUGCAUCCCUGCAUGUUCCCACUGGCCACUGCCUACUCCACGCUCCAGCUGGUCACCAACCCCUACCAGGCCACCAUCGAUGGAGUCAGAUUCCUGGGGACAUCAGGACAGAACGUGAGUGAUAUUUUCCGGUACAGCAGCAUGGAGGAUCACUUGGAGAUCCUGGAGUGGACUCUGCGAGUCCGUCACAUCAGUCCCACAGCCCCUGACACCCUAGGCUGCUAUCCUUUCUACAAGAGUGACCCGUUCGUCUUUCCCGAGUGCCCUCACGUCUACUUCUGUGGCAACACACCCAGCUUUGGCUCCAAAAUCAUCCAAGGCCCCGAGGACCAGACGGUGCUGUUGGUGGCCGUCCCGGACUUCAGUACCACACAAACCGCCUGCCUCGUAAACCUGCGCAGCCUGGCCUGCCAGCCCAUCAGCUUCUCAGGCUUCGGGGCAGAGGACGAGGACCUGGGAGGCCUGGGUCUGGGCCCCUGACUCACAAAGGAGCCUUGUCCAGAGAGGCCCUGGCCGUUCGUUCCCUGCAACAUCAGCACUGGAGCAGCUUUUGCUCUGUAAAUAAAGCCUGACCAUUUACCGGUGUUGA